GCCCUCCUCACCAGUGCAUUGGCACGCAACGGAGCGACACUAACGUACCGGCAACGCCUACCAGGGUUACCUUGCCUUCGCAUCAUCAAACGUCGCCCACUGUCCAACGUCGAUACGAAACCUUAUCAACCUCUCGCCCAAACGUCAACGCUCUUCCCGUCGUCUACUUCGCAUUGCCAAUCUGCGUCUGCGUCUCGCCUCGCUUACCGUCUUCGCCACUAGACACCGUUGUCGACGCCCGUGCCCGACGUUCGCUCGUUGCUGGGCCUGACGCGCCAGCUGUCCGCUGACCGCAGCCCAAGCCCGCCAGGCUUUUGUGCUGCAGCAGAAGCAAAUACGUCCUUAUGGCCACUACAGAUAUUGCGCCCGAGCCGCACGACCGACAGGCGCACCGCCGGCGACCGUUUUCGACUUGGGUCAAGCGACUGACCAACUUCAAGUCCUCGUCGGAUGGCGACCGACCCAAGCGACACACCAAGAUCAAGAGGGGCAAACUCAACAACCCUUACCCGCAAUCGGGUCACGUCGGCGGCAAUCACAACCAUGCCGACGACUACGUCAACGGCAACGGCACCGUCAACAGUCGUGGGAACGGGAGUUCCUACUCGUUUGUCACGGCGCAGACGGGCAGCAUCGUGUCGACGGAUGGGGCGACUCGCGUCUCGGCCGACGCGGAUGACCACGCGCCGAUGACUGCCGGAGGCCGGAGCAUGGCCGGCACCGCAUCGACGGAGAACGAGGGACAGCGCUCAAUCAUUGCGCCCAGCUCGCUUGCGGGCACGAGCCGCACCGUGGGCGGAGGCAUUGACUCGAGAAGAGGCGGAGACAGCACCUUUUCCAGCCCUGCGCCCUCGGUGCGGUCCCUGACAACGACCCUGACGACCAUCCAGUCAUUGGCCCCCAACGGUCACCAGGCAUCUGGGCAGGCUCAGCACAGCAACACGCAGUCGAUCCACUUCAGCCAGCCCUUUCCGACCACGUCGCCCGCCUCGGCAAUACCGGCCCAUCUAGCGCCCACCCCCGCCACGGGACACCCGACGACUUACUCGGCGGCGACGGCCAACGGCCUUUUGACGGACAAUGCGUCCAUUUUGACCCUAGCGUCAUCUAGCAAGCGGCGCCGACGCCGCUCCAUGGACACGGAUGCCUCGGUCCGCGCCCUAGCGCCGUCGUCUCUCUGGGGCGGAAGCCGGGAGAGUUUGCCAUUGAGCGUCUUGAGCGCCUCGGUGGACCCGGCCGCAAGCUCGACGGCGCCGGGGCUGCAUGGCAGCAGCUCGCGCAUCGGGGCAGAGCGCACAAGCAUCUACUCGGCCACAGGCGUGGCGUCUACGCUGCAGGGAGAACGCAACAGCGUUUAUACGACGAAACAGGGAGACGGCGCAAGCGUACGGAGCGGACUCUUGGGCCACGGCCGGCCGGACAGCAUCAGCGGAGCAAACGCCAUCGCAACGAGCCCGCUGGCCAGUCCCCAGGAAGAGCCGGGCGAGAGGCACGCAGAUGAUAGGGAAGAUGAGCGAGUCCUGCGAAAGGAGGAGUAGAAGGGGACAAAUGACUUUGCACCACGGUUUGGGCACGGUGUACCGAGUUUCUGGACGGCAGAAGGGUUGCUUUUAUUGGUCUAGCAUGGGAGAAUGGCGCGCUAAUCAUGAUUGUCGGGAGCAGCGCAAGAGAUACCCUUGAACCUAGGACACGACAGUACAAGACAGGCAGAUUCACGAGAGCGCUACGAAGCAUACUGUGAGAUUGAUCGAUUGUGAAGCACGGCGCGGUCAGGCGCGUGCAUGGCAGGUGGGUUGCCGCUGUUGUCUUACUCAGGCCUGUCAGUUCUCGACGACGUGUUUCAGAGUGACGGGCAGGAGCGCAUCCAGAGUCGCAGCGAUUGCCGAGGCGCCCAGCCCAUGGCAACGUGGGCGAGCAUGGGUUGGGUUGGGUUGGGCUCGGGUCGGAGGGGCUACGACAAAGGGGUUCAAAAAGGCGGUAGAGCCGCUCGGGAGUCCCGGGGGGGGGAGGGGACGAUGGGGACUGUGACGUGAGGGCAUCCGUGUUGGACGCGGCGACGACGGGGGGUGAACGCCGAGUUGGGCAUGUGUCUGUCUCCUCGUGAGGCGCAGUAUCGGCGCGUGGUUGGACGUGUGUGUGAUGUGGUGGUGGUGAUGAUGAUGAGUGGUGAUGAGUGAGCGAGUGUGGGUGGGUGAGUUGAGUGAGUGGCCCGGUCUUGGGCCUUGGGGCUCUUUUCUCUGCGCUUGUCGUCAAUGUGAUGGGGCCGUCUGUUCGAGUUGCUCUGGCGAAGCCCAUUCAUUCAGUGGUGGUGGGCAAGCAGCGGCGACGGCGACAGUAACAACAACAACAACAACGCCGAAGGCAUGAUGAACAUUUGACGAGGGCCGCUGCGCGAAGGAAAUAAGCUAUGGAGGCGUAGAACGGGCAGAGCGCCCAGUUUUAUGUACGGGGUUUGAGGCGCCACAGGGACCAUGUCCGUUGCAGUCCUCGCAUACACACACUCUCUGUCUCCCCUCCCCCAAGCGAUGAUUACAUGUAGGCGUGAACUCGACCAAAGCAGAACAACCCAAGAAUAAGAAGAAGAAAAAAAAAG